AUGAAACAGAAGAGCAGACAACGUCUGUAUGCUGCACCUCAAAAACAUAGAAGACACAAGGAAAAAGAAGAGAAGAAAAAAAGGGGAACUAGAGCAGCAAAAAUAAGCCAAGCGUGUGUCAACCAGUAUGUCAACAUUGAAGGCAAUGUUAGAAAUGAAAUAAUAAACCAGUUAGGAAAAGUGAGGGAUAGUGUGCACAGAAAAGUACUGCACCAUAUCCUAUCAACAAGAAAACUUAGAAACUGUGCCACAAGUUUGAUUGCACGAGCAACAAACGUCAAUCGACACACAAUAAGGAGAGCACAAGUAUGCUCAAUAAGAAAAAUACGGAAAGAUAAUCUUCCCCUAUCGAUCAAACAACAAAUUCAAAUAUUUUACAAAAGAGAAGAUAUCUACAAGCAAAUGAUGCUUCUUGCCUUCCGUGGGCACAUGAAAUCCAUCGAUGGGGGCAAGAUGAGGAACGAACCCGUCGACGAGGCUGUUUCUAGAAUGAGAAAGACAUCAGAGGAGGUCGGCGGGCCGAGGGGCAUCGAUGUGAUGAGAGAGUGGUUUUCAACUAUGCAGGAGAAGAUUGAAGUUGAAGAUGUUGCUUUUCGACAUGAUGUUUUGCAAAGCUAUUUCCUCGUCUGUUCUAUUAUAAAUGUCUUUUUUUUUUUUUUGGGUUUAACAUACCAUUUUUUUACAAAUGACUUCGACAUUGAGGCUGCUGCUACAACUUUAUUGCAAUUGCAAGAAGGCACAGAAGCAGAAGAUGAUAAUACUAAGCCAUGGCUUAUUGUGAGUGAACCCACCGCUACAGAUGAAGAUCAUCAUGCUGCCUUCGAUACCAAAGAGUACAGAAGGCAAGUAAAGAUCAUUGAAUCCUUUCCAGAAUCAUGGAACGAGGGAAUGAAUGCAUAUGUGGCUGAAACACUUAACCAAAUAGAUGCCAUCCAGGAGUCAAUAAAAAGUGCUACCGAAAGUAGUAAUCGAGUAGAUGCUCUUGACAAGAAACUACGUGAAAAUGGGCUGAUGUUCACGACUCCAGCGACACCGGGAGAUGGAAAUUGCUUAUUCCACGCACUGGCAUAUCGGGCGAAUGUCUUUCUGAAAUGGAGCGGCAUUACCCACUUGGAAUUAAGACACGCAAUAGCAGAAUUUCUAUCAAUGCACAAAGAACACUGGCAGGAGAAGGUUAAACAAGAUUUAAUUGACAUGGGAGUGAACUGGACAACCUGUAUCGCCAACAUAAGAACAUCUGGAGUUUGGGGGGACCAAAUUGUCCUUGCAGUGGCAGCGUGGAAGCUACAGUGCAAAAUAAAACUUAUAUCGUCCACGCUAACAUUGGAAAUUUGUCCCCCAGUGAAGGGGACCUGCCAACUAUACAUUUGGGGUAUAUAA